CAAAUUAAAAGCAAACUUUGCUUUCCGCAUCCCUUAGAAAAAUAGAAUCCCGAUAUAUAUUAUUUGGACUGCUCGAACGCCGCCGACGAGCCCAAAAACGCGCGCACAUUUACAACGACAACAAUACAAACUUGAGCUCAGUACGUAAACUUUUUUGACCAGCUGCCGUUAGAAGCAAAUCAAAGCUGCGACGAUGGAUGACUCACGCGAAGAAAGCCAGUUCAUUGUGGACGACGUGAGCAAGACGAUUAAAGAGGCCAUCGAGACGACCAUCGGCGGUAACGCCUACCAGCACGACAAGGUGAACAACUGGACCGGCCAGGUGGUGGAGAACUGCCUGACGGUGCUCACCAAGGAGCAGAAGCCCUACAAGUACAUUGUGACCGCCAUGAUCAUGCAAAAGAACGGUGCUGGACUCCACACCGCCAGCUCCUGCUACUGGAACAACGACACCGACGGAUCGUGCACAGUACGCUGGGAGAACAAGACCAUGUACUGCAUCGUUUCGGUCUUCGGACUGGCCGUCUAGAGUGGAGGAAUGGCAGGACUGCCGGAAUUCGCGAUGAAGAUGACUUAAAAGGGGGAGGGACUAACAAGAUUGCCGUCGUACACCAGCACACACCAACAACACAAAUACCAUACUUUUUUGAUCGGCCAUCCAUCCUGCUGUAAUAACAAAAUUUAUUAUGGAGCACUUGAAAACCUUGUCGUCACUUCCAAGCAAUUAGCAAGCAACUAUUCCGUUGCCAGUGUACUCGCCUAAUGUUAUUCUUGAUUUUCAAUCUAAAAACGUAAAUAAAAAGUGUAUAAUACCGU